AUGUUCGGUUCACGGGCAGCUUCUAGGCUAGCCGCAAUACCCGUACCCGUAUCCACUGCUCGGUACUCAACCAUGGCACCGCUCACCCUGUACAGCUGGCCCACGCCGAAUGGCAUCAAGGCAUCCAUCACGCUGGAAGAGCUAGGCCUGCAGUACAAAAUCGAACCUAUUAACAUUUCCACCAACAUCCAGAAAGAGGACUGGUUCUUGAAGAUAAACCCCAAUGGCCGCAUCCCCGCCAUUGUCGACGGAGACCAACGCGUCUUCGAAAGCGGAGCCGUCAUGCUGUAUCUCGCCGACAAGUAUGACCCGGAAAGAAAGAUCAGCUACGCGCCAGGCUCCCCGGAGUAUGUGGAGCAGCUAUCGUGGCUGAUGUUCCAGAUUGGAGGUGUCGGGCCGAUGAUGGGCCAGGCUGAGCACUUCAGGCUCUUCGCCAACACGCGCUCUGACUACGGCAUCAAGCGGUAUAUCGACGAGACCAAACGUCUCUACUCUGUACUUGAGUCCCGGCUCCAGGAAAGCCCCUACCUGGCUGGUUCGAAAUAUACUAUCGCCGAUAUUGCGAACUAUUCAUGGGUCCAGAUCGGCCCGGUUGCCCUGGAGAUUGACCUGGCCGAGUGGCCGGCGCUGCGGAAGUGGGUGGAGGAGAUCAAGAGCCGCGACGCCGUGAAGAGGGGAACUGUUAUACCGAAGACUGAUACGACGCCUGAACAGUUGGCCGAGCUGUUUAAGGAGGCUCGUGCGAAGAUUGAUGGUUUGGGAAAUACGGAUAUACAGUAG